UUUCAUACAUGAACAUGAGAUGAUUCAUAUGAUUUCAUAUGAACACAAUAUUUUGAACAACCCAUACUCCUGUGAAGAGCGGUAGUAUGGGCGUAGCCCGGGACUUAGUAGGAGGGACUGUGGAGUCUCUUUGCUAAGUGGCUUGUUCAGUGGUGAGAGACUGUACUGUUGAGACAAGGGUUGGUGGAUCGACAGAAACAUGGAAACAGAUUCACCUGAUAACCUCACUUCGGUCACACUAGCAGCGCUAGUUGCCAAUAAUCAAAGGCCAACGAAUCUUCAUAAAUACAUGAAUACAAUUUCGAUGAUCAUCCUUUGUAUGGUGUUCCUGUUUGGAACGGUGGGGAAUGGCUUGGUGAUCUAUGUGACCGGUUUCAGAAUGAGAAGAACAGUCAACUCAAUCUGGUUUCUCAACUUGGCUUUGGCUGACUUCCUCUUCACCAGCUUUCUGAUCUUCCUAAUCAUCUCCCUGGCCAAGAACUACCAAUGGCCUUUCGGAUGGUUUAUGUGCAAACUCAGCUCCGUUAUCGCCAUCGGCAACAUGUUUGCCAGCGUCUUCUUCCUGACGGCCAUAAGUGUGGAUCGCUGCCUGUGCACAUGGGUGGUGGUGUGGUCCCAGAACCACAGGACCGUCCGGAAAGCUCAGCUCAUAUGUGUUUGCAUCUGGCUGGCUUCUCUGGCCUGCAGCAUACCCUAUGGGCAUUCUAGAUGUGUUUACGAACGAAGGAAUUUCACUGUUUGUGCACUGUCCCAGACGGCCAAUAAACUGGCCCUCACUCACUUCCGAUUCUUCAUGGGCUUCCUCAUCCCCAUGCUGGCCAUAACGGGGUCUUAUGUGGCCAUAGGUAUGCGAAUGAGGCGCUUCAACCGAGCUAAGAGUAGGAAAUCUCUCCGCAUUAUUAUUGCCAUUAUCCUUGCAUUUGUAGUAUGCUGGGUCCCCUACCACGUGCAUAAGUAUAUAGAAGCAUAUGGCAACAAGGACAAAAUUCUCACAAUUCGAAGAUUUUUGGGACCAUUAUCAUCAAACCUGACCACGGUAAACAGCUGCCUGAACCCCCUGCUCUACGUCUUCAUGUGUGAUGAAUUUAUAAAGAAGCUCAAACAAUCUCUGUUUCAUGUCCUGGAGACUGCAUUGGCUGAGGACUACCUGUCCUUUGCUACAAAUAAUUCCCGAUCUAAUAUCUCACGCCUUUUUAGGAGGUCUGAGUCUGGUUCAGCUAACAGGAAGAACGAAACAUCUGCAACCAUAGCAGAAACCUUCACCCAAGUUCCUACUGGCGAGGAAUAAACAAUCCACAACAGACCAACCCCUAGCUUGAAUUUAUCUGAAUUAAUUUAGUAAACAUUUACAACAGUGACCGCUACCAGGAAAGGCCUAUGAAGCAUAGCGUCCUGUAUUAAGCAUUUAAAUAUUGUGCUUGAAGCUCUUGAAGUGUUUAUAUUUGCACAAUCCACUGAAUGGUUUGUAUUGUAUUUGUUUCUAAAUGUUCUACCUGUAACAUCUUUGUUAAAUGCUGUUUGACAGUCGACUGCCAUUAUAAAGACUGCGGUCAAUGAUGGAAAAUAAAAUGUUCAUCAUAUUAUUUGUCUUGAUAUCAAAUUGAUGACUUGACUUGAUUGUUGGUCAUGGCCUUCCUGCGGCAUAAUUGUGUAUGAAGGGGGCGCUGAAGGCAUGAGGCGGUCCGCGAAAGGUCCUGAUGACCAUUUAGUGUCACACGGGAAGUCAAUUGUUGGGAGCCACUGAUUUGGGUAACACAUUAGGUACAUACACUGUAAUUAACGGUAAAGUAUAUAGUAACGUGGUAUUUCAUUUGGCAUGCAUAAAAAAAAACUAUAAAGUACGAAAUGUCGAAAUUGUCCCUCCAUGCAUUAAAACACUCAAAUCCAAGGUGAUGUAGGGCUACAACGAUUUAAAAAAAACUAAAUUUGACUUAAAUGUAGAAAUUGACUCCACGUAUGUAGUCAAAAGUACUGUGCUACCAUCUAGUGGCCACCAUAAUUUCCAAAGAAAUAAAAGUAGACCAACGCAUUCAGCUAAACAUUGCCAGAUUUAUACCAUGGCCAGGAGUCCAGGAUGUUCUCAUUCGGAGGAAUGGAAACGGUGGACUUUUAGGGUUAAUUUGGGACAUGAUAUACGCAACGACUCCAUCUGCCAUUUAUACUCCAGUGUGCCCUUUUAAUUCAGCACUUGUCCUAAUAAAGGUGAGUGCGAUUAGCCGUUACAAGC